AUGAGCGUUCCGUUUGUAGCUAGAGAUGGACAUGUGCUCGUUGUAGAGACAGGAUCCUAUCGAGUCAAGGCAGGAGUAGCUGAAACUACUGGAACUGUCCUGAGCAUACCGACCCUAGUUGGAAGCCGAUCACAUACCACCGAAACCCGUGUAGCAAACAAACAUGGAGGGAUGGCUGGUCAUCAACAACAUCAAAAAGAUGGCGAUGAUGGUGGUGUCGCCACUGCCAAUAAUAAUGAAGACCAUUCCAAUGAUAUGGAUGUGGACAGUCAAUCAAAUAAUACUACAGUGAAACGAGUUGUCCAUACAGAGAGAUUCUGUGGUGACUUGCUGGACGAUGAAUUACAACGAGUCAACACGUUAGGUCCAACGCAACAAUUACACAUAAAAAGCGCUAUAGAAAACGGAUUGGUGUCUGAUUGGGGGGAUUUAGAAGCUUUGCUGGCAAAUAUGCUGGCACGACACUUUCUGAUACGCAGACGAAAUAAUACAUAUCCAAUCAUGUUUGUGGUGCCAACUAGAUGGAGCAAGUUAGAAUGGGAAAGGCUAGCUCAAAUGGCGUUUGAGAGACUUAAUGUUCCUGGAUUGUAUGUUACGGAUCAAGCUCUCAUGACUACGUAUGGUUGUAAUGUACAGACUGCUCUCGUUAUUAAUAUUGGACAUGAUGUUACUGAGGUGACUCCCGUAGUCGACAACAUAGUCCUCCGAUACGCAUCACGAACACUUUCAAUCGGAAGUUACGAUAUUGAUUCGUAUAUGGCUCAAUUACUACAGUCAGAUACAAACAUGGUCGCCCAACUGUCGUCAAAAUUGGGCGGUGAACAGGUGGAUUGGAUUCAGUUAGCUCGAACCAUUAAAGAAUCUAAUAUCUGUGAAGUGAGAUCCAUGCCUGCUGAAUACUCCAAGAAGGACUUAAGUGUUGCUCCUGUUGAGUUUGAGUAUAAAGAUGUCAAGAUAAAUGUCGGGUUUGCCAGAACACAUGCAGCUGAUGUGCUGUUUGAUCCUAAACUGGUGGGCAAGAAUGAAAUGUCACUGCCAGAAGCUAUCGUAUCAGCUGUAGCUGCAGCUGUAGAAGUUGAAAGGAGAAAGAGCCUAUGGGAGAGCCUGAUUCUCACAGGUGCAGGUUGUCUCAUCAAAGGAAUGCCAAAACGCAUGGAACAAGAGUUGGCACCUUUUAUAGCUGCAGCAGACACAGCCAACGAAAACCAAGCCAAAGAAGUCAACUUUUUGAAAUGUCCAGAAUUCUUUGUGGCGUACAAGGAAAGACCACAUGAUUGGAGCUUCUUGGGUACUAGUGUCUUGUCCAAGUACGUGUUUAUUGACACCAGAUCGUAUACGAGCAAGGUUGAAUAUAACGAGUAUGGACCAUCAGUUAUAACGUCCUCGACUCCACGAGACAAUAGAUGA